AUGGAUCAAAACAAGUUUUCACUGAUAAAACGAGUUGUUGUCAUGGUUCUCGUGUUACUAGCAGCAAACAGUUACGCCACCACAGUAACCACCAACGAACCACCACUGUCUGCGCCACUGAAAACCGAACUAAAGAUUCACCCAACCAUGGCAAUAUUGUUCGCCUUCUUGUUAACAGCCUUCUUAUCAACUUGCUUAUUUUUCUUCUACUUGUGUCGCUACACUAAUCGUCAGCUGGCUCUCGCCGCCACCACAGGCCACAGCGGCGAUCAAAGGACCGCCAUGGCGCUGGCUACAGCGCCUCGUGGGCUUGACCCUGCGGUUAUUGCUACAUUCACAAGUUUUACGUAUUCAACCGUGAAAGAUAUCAAGAUUGGUCAACAUGUGCUAGAAUGUGCCGUGUGCUUAAAUGAGUUCGGUGAUCAUGAGGUUCUACGAUUGUUACCGGAAUGUAACCAUGUGUUUCAUCGAGAUUGUAUAGAUGAGUGGUUGGCUUCACAUGUCACAUGUCCAGUUUGUCGAGCGAGUCUUGUUCCGAACACCAGUCAACACAGUCAAGAAACUGAGUUGACCAGUGGCCAGAACAGGCACACAAAAGAUCAUGUUUCAGUUGAACUAGUCAACCUGAAACAUGAUCUUGCACCUCCUACAAAAUUGUCUCGUUCUUGUUCGAUGGGACAAGUGAUGGUGCAACGAAACGUAGAAAACGUUGAUCGAUACACAUUAAGGUUACCAGACAAGGUACAAAAUGUUUUAAUAAACACUAGGACUGAUGUAUCAUUAUCAUCGGAAUGUAGUUUGAACACGAGUCUUAAGAGUGCAAGUGCAAAUUUCAUCAGAGGGUCAAAUUAUUUUGCCUACGAAAGGUUUGGCCAUGAAAGACGACUGCGUAGUGGUAAUGGAUUCAGUAACAAUAUUGUUAAUGUUUCCACAGCCACUUCAGAACGAUUUUUGACUUCUGUUAGGUCAUCAAAUAAGGAUACCGAUAUGAUGACAAGAUUAAACGAUAGUUAA